CAAGUAGAUCAGAGUGCUGUGCUACACGGAGAGAAGCACUGUUUAGGAAUAUGUAUUCUAGGUGUUAUAGUUGACACGCUAUAGAGAAACAGGAUUUUCUUAACCAUCUUUUGGGGUUUAGAGGUAAGGGCAUUUGUAACUUGGAUUUAUUAGUUUCAGACAGACUGACAGGUAGUUAAAUGUUUAGGUUUAAUGCGAAGAAAGGUUCAGAGAAAGCAAAGUCCACUUGUAAUAUAGUCAAGUGUUUGUUAGUUACAGAAAAAUGACUGUCUCAUAAAUCCUGUUUCCUGACAUGCUGCUGAACUUUGAGCUGUUGGCACAUGAUAAUAUUGUCUGACAAAAGAGAGCUAUGAAUGAGCACCUGCUUAAAAUACUGAUUAUUGGUGAUGGAAAUGUUGGAAAAUCCUCGUUUUUGCAUCGCUACGUCAACGGACAGUUCAACAAGACGUAUAAGAUGACAAUGGGAGUGGAUUAUGCUGUGAAGCUGCUGCACUGGUCAGAUAAAGAAAAAGUCAGACUCCAACUGUGGGACAUCGCAGGCCAGGAACGUUUCAUAUCCAUGAACAGGGUCUAUUAUAAGGGUGCGCUGGGCUGUGUGGUGAUGUUUGACGUCACCAGCUCAGCCAGCUUCCUCAGCUGUCGCCAUUGGAAACGGGACCUUGACAACAAGGCCAUGCUUCCCAACGGAGAAUCCAUCCCCUGCAUCCUGCUGGCCAACAAGUGUGACCUCCCUCAGCGGGUCGUGCCCCCAGACAGCAUUGACAGGUUCAGUAAGGCCAACGGCUUCAUUGCCUGGAUGGAGAUUUCGGUCAAAGAGAACAAGAACGUUGGUGAAGCUAUGAGGAGAUUGGUGCAGGAGAUUUUGUCUGUGGAAUCUAGUCUUGAUUCGCUACAACCCAAACCUCAAGAAAUCGUUAAUCCUCAACUGGACUCGGUGUGCGACGGAGGAGCAGGAUGCUGCUGAAACACAAUCAAAAGGACAAGCAAACAGCCGGGACCCAAUCCUACACUCAAGUUGUUUCAAGGGCCACUGAACAAUGCACUUAACCCUCAAUUACUGAGGGAGGCUUUCUGCAAAUAGAAGAUGACAGUGGAAGCACCAGGAGAUGUCGAUGUAAGUGGGGUAUAUUGAUGCUGAGCAGAUCUUCAGUGUCCAUGUGUGAGCUGGCAGUGAUCUAAGAGGACACUUUAAGUGGGAUGAGGAAACAACACACGUGUUUCUCAUUUUGGACGUACGAAAACAAAUGAGUGUGAAAGCAACGCCACCGGUUUAACUGUCAAAAAGACUCAAUAAGGAUUCAUUAACUCUUUUUCUAGCCAAUUAAAGCCUGUUUCAGGAUCUAAAAUAAUUUGACGUAAACAUGCCCGGCCCCUGCACAACUGAAUUUAUAAAUAAAAUAUUUCUAAUGUUUUCCCCCCAA